UGCGUAUCAAAUAAACAUGGAAGUUGAAGCUUUCCAGAGACUGGACCCAGAAAAUUUCUACAGGAGAUUUGUGAAGAAUGGGGUCAGGCCAGACGGAAGGGAGCUCCGUGCAGUGAGACCGAUUUCUGUGGAUGUUGGAGUGCUCUCGGAGGAACGGGUGCAGGCGUCCGCCUUGGUCGGCCUUGGAUCCACCAAAGUGCUCGCUGGGAUAUCGCUGCAAGUCGGUCACCCCAGCGAGAACACACCAAUGUGUGGAAUGCUUGAUGUGGAGGUCAAGCUGACCCCCUUGUCUUCGUCCAAGUUCAGUUCAGGGCGGCCAUCGGAGCAGGCGCACGUAUUGUCGACUUUUGUGAAGAACUCCAUCGUCGAGUCGGGAGCGCUUGUGUUGACAGAUCUUGCCAUCGACGACGGCGCUUUCGCAUGGAAGCUGUGCAUGGACAUCGUCUGCUUGAGUUUUGACGGGAAUCUGGCAGACGCUACGCUGAUUGCAGCUAUGGGAGCUCUCAUGCGCCUGCAACUCCCAGGAACCCGUCGCAUCGACGACGAGAUUUUCGUCACGGAGGACACACCAACCCAAUUGGUGGUGCGGGAAGUUCCGGUGCCGUUGACGUGCGGUGUGUUCGACGGGAUUAUUAUUGCGGAUCCCUCCUUGCUGGAGGAGGAACUUUUGACAACGCACGUGACUGUGGUAUCAACUUCGGAGGGGAAGGUGUGCGGGGUUCACAAACCUGGAGGUAGCUGUGCAUCAGGGAAACAGCUCAAUGAAUGUCUCCAGCUCUGCCAGCAACAUGCGAAGCAAUUGACGCAGACCCUUGCGGCUGCCGUUCGGAUACAGUCGUGAUCAGUCGCUUCACGCCUUGCCAGAGGAGGCGUUCGAAGGUGGUGGCACUGGCGUGGUUAUUGCGGCCGAUUUUUACUUCAUGCGG